AGGGGCAGUGUAUAAGCCAGGAAAGUUUCCCACAAUAGCAGAACCUUUCCUGCACUUACAUGUUGUUUCCCUUGGUUUCUAAGUAAGCUGUUGCCCCUAAAAUACCAGUGUGUUUGGAGUCUUUACUUGGCUUUAACAUCUGGUUCAGGGAGGAAAAAAAAUCUCCAACAGGAUUCACAGGAUAAAACGGGGGUAGUUUUGUGAACACAUUUGGAAAUAGGUGAUAUUGGGAAUACUCAGGAGCCCUGGCCCUAGAUCACAGUAACCUUUUGAGUCUGUGUAGGCCUGAUCCAAAGCCUAUUGAAAUCAGUGAGAGUCUUUCCAUUGGCUUCAGUGAGAUUUAGCUCAAGCCCUUAUUGCUAAAAACAAUUCCAUUAACUCUGAAAGUGAAAGUCAACAGGGAGGUUUCUUAGCUAAAGACAGGCCGUUUCCUGUAGUAUAAGCAUUUGCAGCUGUAGUAUUUAGUCUGCAGCCAUCUCUUGCUUGGGUCAGCAGCCUGCCCGGGAAUCGCAGCCACUCGGGGAAGUCAGCCGCACCGGGGAAGUUGGAACAAUGCUGAGGCCUCUGCUGAUCCCCUUGACAUAUUUCUAUCUUCAGACCUGGCUGGGAAUCUCUCAGGCAGAACGUCAGGAGGAGCUGAGCAUGAUGAAGGAUGCUUUUGAUGAUCAAUAUAUAGGAUGUGCUGAAGAAAUGAAUAGAACUGCACGUGCACAGAUAGACUUGGAAAUGUCUCCGUUUAGCCCGCUGUGGGAAAAUGCAAGAAAAAAAUGGAACAGUGUGAAAAUAACAAUUUCUCCCCCUCCUCCCCCUGACUUUGAGGAUGAGUAUGGAAUAGCUAUAGUAGCCUAUACUGACCACAGGCCAUACAACGGCAAAACUUUUCCAACUAUAUUUAACGAUGCAGUGAAUGGGACUGAGAGAUCUCAAACUGCUUCCAUGGCCAAUUUCCAGUUCAGAGCCUUUCAUUAUUAUUUGACAAGAGCUUUGCAGCUCUUAAGAGGGAAGUGUGAUGAGACGAAUAAAAUGGAGCUGUACCGGGGCACUAAUUACAUGUACGACGGAUCGGGUGAGAUCAGGUUUGGACGCUUUGCCUCUUCAUCUACUAAGAAAGAGAAGGCUGAGGAGUUUGGCAGGACCACAGUCUUUACCAUCCGCACAUGCUUUGGUGUGAAGAUCCAGGCCAUGUCAUAUAAUCCUGACCAAGAAGAAGUGUUAAUCCCAGUCCAUGAGAUAUUCAAGGUGACCAAAAAACAAGGGAAUAACAUCAUCCUCCACAGCACAAACCAGGCCUGCAGCUAUUUUAACUGCGGAGAGAAGAAACAAGCAUGUGCUUACAACUCUGCUACCAGAGGCGGCCCAGCCUUCCCCAGUGAGCUGAGCUCUUCACUGUUUGGAGGAUCCAUCAUCCUGGUCCACGUUGCUGCUCUGAAGCUGUUUGCUGGUUUCUAAAUUGUCCUAUUUGUGUUACUCACUUUUUCUCUCUAACACAAAUCAUGGCGAUGGGACUUGCCAGAUCCAAAGCCGCCCUGCUAUGCUGCCAGCGUUCCAAAGGGAAACCAGGAACAUGGAGGGAGUGUCGCUGGUACCUGCUUGGGCAAGCUUUGAUUACACGUUAUCGAUGAGUAGAUCAAAAUGGAAGCUCAUAGUUCUGUCCCAGAUGGGAUUUGUCUUACAGUGCCAGAGCUAUAAAUGGGUGCACAUUAGAUAACAGUUAUUUGUAUUCCAGUCAAGCUAGAAUUUUUGUACCGAUUUUUGAUGACUUCAGUAAAAGACUUUUAAGAAAUGAGCUAAGUCGGAGUAUUUUCAUGAAUACCGUAGAUGGGUUUAAUCUGAGUCUCGGCCAGGUGACUCUGUAACAGCGCAGUUUGUGGGGUCCCAUGUCUAUAUCUCUCAGUCACUUUCAUAUCAGAUUUGCUCAGAAGAGGAUAUUUCUAAGUGGUGGGCUCAUAGGCCAAAUUCUGAGCUAGUUUACCCACCUGCCUGCCCACUGACUGUCCUGGGAUUGCAUGCUCAGAACUUCCAUGCAUGAGAACGAUGCUUCACAAAUCAAUUAACG